AUGGCUGGCAGCUUCAGCGUAGCUCUGGUGAUGCUGGUGUGGGUGGCUCUCAACAUCGCACUAGUGUUGCCUGCUGCCUUCGUAGGCUCUUAUGUCGAGCCGGUAGCAGCAGGCAGCGGGAUCCCGCAGGUGAAGUGCUACCUGAACGGCGUGAAGGUGCCGCGCGUGGUGCGCUUCAAGACGCUCGUCUGUAAGGCCGUCGGCGUCACCUGCUCCGUGCUGGGGGGGCUGCUCGUCGGCAAGGAAGGUCCCAUGAUUCACUCGGGCGCUGUGAUCGGCGCUGGAGUCUCGCAGGGCAAGAGCACAACCUUCAACCGCGACCUCAACUUCUUCCAAACGUUCCGCGAGGAUCACGAGAAACGUGACUUCGUGGCCUGCGGUGCGGCGGCCGGCGUGUCGGCGGCGUUCGGAGCGCCUAUUGGUGGGGUGCUGUUCGCGCUGGAGGAAGGCGCCAGCUUCUGGCAGCUGAGGCUCACCUGGAACAGCUUCGUCGCUGCCGGCGUCUCCACGGCCGUUGUCAAUAUUAUGCUUUCAGUCGUCUACAGCACGCCACACGCCUCACCGUACGUACAGAAGUGGUGGCAGAAGAUCCUGGAAGUUAUGUUGGUGUCGUCGGUGACGGCGGUGGCCGCCUGUACGUUGGUCUACGCGUACCCGGACUGCAAGCCGCUGUCUGAGAACGUCACCCACCCCUUCCCUGUCAAUAGUGCUGAUGACGUUGGCGUGCUGAUGAUCGUGAUGUACUGGCAAUGCNCUGGCGAGUACAGCAUGACAGCUCGCCUCUUUCUAGCCACACCGGAGAGCUCGCUGGUUAUGUUGUUUCAUGAUCCCAUCGGAACGUACCAAGUGCUCACUCUAGUCGUACACUUCAUCAUGACGUCGCUGAUCGCGUGCUACACGUACGGGCUGGGGGUUCCUUCAGGGCUGUUCAUCCCGUCACUCCUGAACGGCGCCUCCUUCGGCCGCCUCAUCGGCGUCUUGAUGAGCAAAAUUUACCCCAAUGCUCCUAACUUCAGCGAAGGCAAGUAUGCGCUGGCGGGCGCCUCUGCGUUCCUGGCGGGCGUGGUGCGCAUGACGCUCAGCCUCGUCUGUAUCCUCAUGGAGAGCUGCGGCUCUGUCACCUUCACAGUCACGCUCAUGUUCAUCAUCUUCGUCGCUAAAUACGUCGGCGACAAAUUCAAUCAUGGUCUCUACGACGUGCACAUCAGACUCAACGGCGUGCCAUUCCUCGAGCCCAAGCCUGACCCACAACUCGAGACUCUCUUUGCUAAGCAGGCCGUGAGUUCUCCAGUAGUGUGCCUGCGGCCGGUGGAGUCGGUGCGUCGUCUACUGAUCAUAUCACGAUUGUGUACCUACAACGGAUUCCCCGUCGUCUGGAACGACAAAGUCGCGCUCUACGGCUCCCAAGACCGCCCCGGCAGUGCAUGCAGUCGGCGUUCAACUUCCCUCGUGGUGGAUGCGGACGAAAGCUCCUACAAACAUCAAGCCGCAGUCCAAAUUGACCUCGAGCUCCCAAACUCAUCCAUGGACGAGACGGAUGUCUUAGAUGAAGUGCUGCGUGCUGAUGCACAUUAUCUUAAACGUCAUUAUGAAAAGCUUAACGUUCGCCUCGGCCUCACCUCAGAAGAGGUAAGAAGCUCCUUGCUCACAGACAGCUGCAUCAAUCGCUUCUCUGAGCUUCCCUGUGACGAUGAAGAGGAAGAUGAGGACCACAUGAGCUACGUGCCGGUCAGCCACGACGCGAACAUGAGUGAGGGCUCAACAGGCGUCACGACUCCUGGCGCUGGCAGUAUAGAUCACGUGCAAAGAACACCUAAUGAGCGACACGUGCACUGGUACAACACGGAGUCUGCGCCGCAAGACCUCGACGCGCACGCCAAGCGGACGCUAUACGAGGCACAGGGCAUCCUGUGCGGCCUCGUGCUGCGCUCCCAGAUUAUGGUCAUGCUUAAGAAUAAGAUGUUCAUUGAGAAGGAAGGAUAUCUAAACGACACUUUUAAGGACUUGCGUCUGUUUCGAGAUGCAUACCCAAGAUUUUAUGACUUGGAGGCCGUGGACUUAACUCCCGAGGAUCUGGACUGUCAUGUGGACUUUCGUCCGUACAUGAACCCCGCCCCCCAUACAGUCUCUACCCGCAUGAACUUCACGAGGGUCUUCGAGAGCUUCAGGUCUCUGGGACUGAGACACCAAGUUAUGGUCAACAACCGGUACAACGUGGUGGGCAUGAUCACGAGGAAGGACCUCGUCAAGCUCUACACUAAGAAGACCAAGGAUGGCAUCAGCGUCCUAAGAAUGACAGUACACGAGCGUGCGUGAUGGAGAAGAUAAAUCUACUGAUGAUGUUUAACGAUCAUUAUUGGUGCCGUAAACAUUAUAUAACUCAUCUGUUAAAGAUCUGGGUGUUAGAUAAUCAAAGAUUAAUAUUAAAUAAUGUUGAUUGAUUAAGGUAUCAAAACGCUCAGCAGUUGCCACUUGUUACAUCGAUGGGUCUCAAUAGCGCUCUCCGUAUUCUCGAGUCAGGCUAUUGUUCAAGGCUGUUUAUGUGAAGCCUUUUUUUAACGAAUCUGAAGGAACCAAACUUUGAGUUUUCUCCAGGCCUUUGAGGUUUGUUCCAUUCAUUAUUCUCAUUUCUAUGUUUUAUGUAUUAUUAUAAUCUUUUACUCACCUUACUUAAUGUUCUUUCUUUCAUUGCUUGUUCAAUAUUGAGCGGCCGCUUCGAGGUGCCAUUGAAGAACUACUUAUUUGAGUGUUGCAUUGUAUUUCAUUAGCAUUGCACAUUUCCCUUCUACGCAGACAUUUUGAGGGAUAAUAUACGAGAACCUAGUCACGCCAUGCCGCAUGAAUGCUGUUUUUUUUUUCAUUCGAUGAAUGUACAUAUCUUGGUAUAAAGCGACAGAAAUCUAAUAUUUAAUUUUCGUGCCGAGUCAUCCGAAUUUCUUAUGCGUCGGCUUUAAUUUUGAUAAUUUUUUAUAUACAUUUUCUUUCUAUAACAUAACUGUAGCCUUAAAUUCGCCAUUACCUUCCUUGAAUCACUUUCAGACGCAGCUGCUAGUUACGUUAAUGCAGUAAAGUUACUGCAUAUGCUGUCUCUCUAUCAAGUACGUUAUUUCGCAUGUUAUUCAACAGGCUAAGUAGACACCCAACGAUCUAACUGUACUCAAUUAAACUUCCAUGUUUUCCAUAUUCUAAGGAGGUAAGCGUUUCUUUCGGCUGGAGAUUACAGCCUUUUCUCUACGAGAAAUCGAAUUUAAUUUUGUGCUAUUGCUGCUUCGGCAAUGAAACGGGAACAAACUCUAGCGAUUACCGUAUCAGACGUGUUGGUUAUAAACCUAGUUUGUAUUUUACAACAUAAUUAUAAAGAUUUCUACCGUUGUAUUUCAACGAAUUUUACCAAAUAAUGUUUUUGUAAUUAGAUUAUGCAUCUUGUUUUAGUUCUGUUGUUUUAUCCUCGUCGUCUCUCAUCGAUUUCGCGAAACUGCACCAAAGUUGCGCUUUAUUCCUUGCCUUGAUAUUCGUGUCGGAAUUUUAUUUUCCUGACAACAAUUGUUGUCGUUCUGCGCUACGUGGUGAAUCUGGAUUACAAAUGUGAAUUCAAAUUGAAAAGUUUAGUAAAUUAUUUACAAUAUGAAUCUUUUUGACGGGUCCCACAUCAUCAUUAAAGAUUAAUGAAGUGACCGUUAUUUAGGUUGAAAAGUACGAACAAUUUAAGUGACAGUUUUGCUCAAUGAUGCUUCAAUGCCCAGGGCAUUCAUCAUUCAGCUAUUCUGUCGAACGUAUGCCUUUUGUAUUCAGGUACAUUGUCUACUCUGAUGCCUAAGCUAAUAAUGUAUUGUCUGGUGCUAACGGCGAUGCUACGACCGAGUCAAGCUUCAACGAUCCUCGUGAAUUUAGUACUAGUUUUGCUUAGUGCUGUGCUAUUUAUACUUGUUAUAAAACACGAGUUUACUGCUAGUUUUGCUUAUAGUCUUCCCUUCCAUGAUACACGAUGUCAUUUUGACGCCUCCUAGUGGUGCCAACCAUCGCAGUGGAUAAAGAGUUGCAACUCCCAUAAGUACUGAACUGAAAUGAACUUGAAAGUACUGAACUGAAAUGAACAACUGAAAUGAAGUUACGCAAUUUCAGGUUGAGUCGUCUUGUUACAAGUCGUCUCGUAUGCACCAAAUAUUGGUACAUACGACUGCGUAAGACAUUUGUAACUCGCGUCAUCCUGCUUGGUGCUUCUUCCUACAGAUAUUCGAAUGGAUAUCUCCAGGAUAGAUAAAUAACUUUGUUCAUGUCGUUAUUGAAUAUUGAUUCCUUCCGGUAAGUUGCUCGGUUCUGAUAUGUAACCGACACUCCGGCAUCGGUUACACAUCCAAACAAACUGAUUCCACUCAAGUGAUAUUGACAUUCAUAGCUUAAGUGAGACAGAAUUUUUUAUUGCCAUCCAACUGAUUAGCUUUAGUCCCUUGUAGCUCAUCCUCAUCACUAGCCGCUUCUUGGGUUAAGUUAUGUUUCCUUUUGGAAACAAGCUAUAGAUUUUUCCACUAAGGCCACACAAUCAUCCGGUUGUCUCUGGUUCUUGACUAUGUAAAUAUUGUAUCGUGCCUUAAGAUUACGAGUUAUACGGAUUUUAUCUAAUAUACUGCCAUUAUAUUU